GGCGAGGAGAGGAAGCAGGAAUAGCCGAGCGGGGAGCGAGCGAAAGGGGGGAGAGAGAGCCACACACAGGGGGCGAGACUGGAGCGAGAAACGCCGCCGACAGCUUGUAAGGGCUCCCGCGGUUCACGUAGCGGAUUUUCCAGCAACUUCUGGCUGCUUUUAAAGUAAACGGAAGCCCCCAAAAGAAGAUAUCUCCAGGAUUGCCUACUACACAGAAUAUGACAGACACCUAGCGGCAGCGGUGUCAGCAGGGAAGACCAUGGCGACGCCCUACAUGGACCCCAACCUCAAUCACGCCCUGCUGGACGGUGGCGCCAAGUCGCGGCUCAGUGCCGGAGGGUCGGACCGUACCGCUGCCGGAUCCGUGGACAGGGUCCUGAAGGUCUUCCACCAAUUCGAAACCAACACGGAACUAAGCAGCUGGUCAUCUAACAUCCGAUACGGGGAUGCUACCGAUAUCCGGGGAAUCAUCCAGAAGAUACUGGACAUCCACAAGGUGCGCUGGACGUGGUGCUUCGGCCUGCGUCUCAGCAGCAGCGGCCAACCCAGAGACCAAGUGCACUGGCUUCACCCCGACAUGGGCGUGUCGCAUGUCCGCGAGAAAUACGAACAGGCGCGCCCCAACGAGGAGUGGAGGUACGAACUGAGGAUCCGAUACCUUCCAAAAGGCUUCGUUCAGCACUUUACAGAAGACAAACCUACACUCAAUUUCUUCUACCACCAGGUGAAAAAUGACUACAUGGCACAGAUCGGGGAUCAAGUAGAGCAAGAUGUUGCCCUUAAACUGGGCUGCCUGGAGAUCAGGAGGUUCUUUAAAGAGAUGAGAGGAAAUGCCCUGGACAAGAAGUCUAACUACGAGCUACUAGAGAAGGAUGUUGGUUUGAGGCGUUUUUUCCCCAAAGACCUGCUGGAUUCAGUUAAGGCCAAGACGCUCCGUAAGUUGAUCCAGCAGACAUUCAAGCAGGUUGCCAACUUCAAUGAUGAGCAGUGCAUCCUUAAAUUCCUCGAGAUACUGGCACCCAUCCACCGCUAUGACAAGGAGUGCUUCAAAUGCGCCCUAGGGUCAAGCUGGGUGAUCCAGGUGGAGUUGGCAAUAGGGCCUGAGGAAGGUAUUAGCUACCUGACGGACAAGGGCUCAGCGCCUACCCAUCUGGCUAACUUUACCCAAGUGCAGUCCAUCCAGUACUCUGCUGUAGAGGAGAAGGACAGGAAAGGAAUGCUGCAAGUCAACGUCGCGGGAGCCGCUGAGCCUCUCACCGUCACGACAGCCUCCCUGACCAUGGCAGAGAAUUUGGCCGACCUGAUUGACGGCUACUGUCGGCUCAUCUCCAUGGAAACGCGCUCUUUCAUCGUCAGAGUUCAGAAAGAGGGGGAGAGAGCGCUGCCUUCUCUUCCAAAGUUGUCUAAUAAUGAGAAGAGGUUGGAGGCGGUCAAGAGUGGAGUGAGAACAAUCUCCGUCUCAGACCUGGUGCCGUCGACUCCUCCCAAGCCAGCCAAGGCACGGCGUUUCCUCCUCCCCUUUGUCUUCUGUUCCGAUUCGCCACCCAAUGAAGAUCUUAGCGGGGAUGAGACCGAUGACUAUGCUGAGAUAGUUGACGAAGAGGACACGUACACUAUGCCCUCCACAAACCUAAAUCUGACAUUUUCUUUGUAUGCAUUGACCUGUGGAAUAGUGGAAGCGCGGGACUAUGAAAUCCAGAGGGACAGGAUUGAGCUUGGUCGCUGCAUAGGAGAGGGCCAAUUUGGAGAUGUGCACCAAGGAGUCUACAACAUCCCGGACAAGCCAGCGUUGGCCGUCGCCAUUAAGACGUGCAAGAACUGCACUUCGGACAGCGUCAGGGAAAAGUUCCUGCAAGAAGCAUUGACUAUGCGGCAGUUUGACCACCCUCACAUUGUCAAGCUGAUUGGUGUGAUCACGGAGAACCCUGUGUGGAUAAUCAUGGAGCUGUGCACGCUGGGAGAGCUGCGUUCUUUCCUCCAGGUGAGGAAGUACAGCCUGGACUUGGCCACGCUAAUCCUGUUCGCCUACCAGCUCAGCACUGCGCUGGCGUAUCUGGAGAGCAAACGUUUUGUGCACAGGGACAUAGCGGCGCGUAAUGUGUUGGUGUCCUCGAUCGACUGUGUGAUGCUGGGAGACUUUGGCCUCUCCCGCUACAUGGAGGACAGCUCCUACUACAAAGCCUCUAAAGGCAAACUUCCUAUCAAGUGGAUGGCUCCUGAGUCGAUCAACUUCAGAAGAUUCACCUCUGCUAGUGAUGUCUGGAUGUUUGGUGUCUGCAUGUGGGAGAUCCUGAUGUACGGCAUCAAGCCUUUCCAAGGGGUGAAGAACAAUGACGUGAUCGGCCGCAUUGAGAAUGGCGAGCGGUUAGCCAUGCCGCCGCAGUGCCCGCCCACCCUUUACAGCCUCAUGACCAAGUGCUGGUCGUACGACCCCAGCAAGCGGCCACGGUUCACCGAACUCAAAACGCAACUCAGCACCAUACUGGAGGAGGAGAAGCUUCAGCAAGAGGAGAGACUGAGGAUGGAGAUGAGAAGACAGGUCACGGUGUCCUGGGACUCAGGAGGUUCUGAUGAGGCGCCGCCCAAACCAAGUCGACCGGGUUACCCGAGCCCUCGCUCAAGUGAGGGCUACUUCUCCAGUCCACAACACAAUCACUAUCAGCCGACGGCGCACGGCGGCGUAGGAGGCGGCUUCUCCACGACUGAUUCCUGGAACCAGCACAGGCCGGAACACACAGCGCUGUGGAACCCCAACAUGGAGGACACCGGGUGUGUAGGCCAGGCGCUCAUGGAGGAGAGGCUCAUGAUACAACAGCAGCAAAUGGAGGACGACCAGCGAUGGUUGGAGCAGGAGGAAAGCUUCAUGAAGGCCGAACCCAGAAACAGCCGAGGGAGCAUCGAAAGAGAGGAUGGGACGCUCCAAGCGCCGGGUGGAAGCCAGCACAUCUACCAGCCUGUGGGCAAACCAGAACAUGUGGCUCCGCCGAAGAAGCCCCCUCGCCCCGGGGCCCCCGCUCACCUCGGCACCCUGUCCGGCCUCUGCCCCGUAGACAGCUACAACGAGGGUGUGAAGUUACAGCCCCAGGAGAUCAGCCCGCCCCCCACAGCCAACCUGGACCGCUCCAACGACAAAGUGUACGAAAAUGUGACGGCGCUGGUCAAGUCUGUCAUCGAGAUGUCCAACCGGAUCCAGCCGGCGGCGCCCGAGGAGUACGUACCCAUGGUCAAGGAAGUUGGUCUGGCACUGAGGACUCUGCUGGCCACGGUGGAUGAGACCAUUCCUGUGCUGCCCGCUAGCACGCAUCGAGAGAUUGAGAUGGCCCAGAAGCUGCUUAAUUCUGACCUGGCAGAGCUGAUCGCCAAGAUGAAGCUGGCGCAGCAGUACGUCAUGACCAGCUUGCAGAAGGACUACAAAAAGCAGAUGUUGAUGGCGGCGCACGCCCUCGCCGUUGACGCUAAGAACUUGCUGGAUGUCAUCGACCAGGCGCGUCUCAAGAUGAUCACACGAACGCAUUAGCACCAAAGGAUACGCAGACGUUGAAUAAUGCAGGGACAAGAUUGACGUUGGUCGCCAUGGAGACAGAAACCUGGAUUAAAAUGGUGGACAGUGGACACUACAGCCGCCAUGUUUGGCGUCGUCUUGUAAAUACUUUUUAUUUUUUUUAAAUGAUAAUACUAUUGUCACAUAUUUUCAAUAAUACUGGGUGAUUGAUAACUCCCUAUUUCAGGAAUACUUAUAAAUUAUUCAUUUAUUGUAAA